AUGUCAUCUUCCUUGGACGAAGCAAUUCCGAGUCACCAGACCGUCCUUGGAUGUGGUCAACUCUGUUUGGAUUACUUAGUCACAGUGCCGUCUUUCCCAAUUCCCGACCAAAAGAUCCGAGGCACAAGUUUUAAGGUUCAAGGAGGUGGAAAUACUGGGAAUGCUUUAACAUGCGUUGCUCGUUUGGGUUUGCCUUCUAGAAUCUUAGCUAAGGUCGCUGAUGAUUCUCAAGGGAGAUGGAUGGUUGAGGAGCUACAAUCUAGUGGCGUGGAUACUUCCUUUUGUGUGACCGCUAAAGAUGGAGCUUCACAUUUUAACUACGUCAUUGUAGAUAACCAAACGAAUACUCGUACGUGUAUAUUCACUCCAGGAUAUCCUCCUUUGCUCCCAGAUGACCUUACUGAAACUCUCCUUUCAUCUGUGCUUGAUGGAGUAAGAGCUCUAUAUGUUAAUGGAAGGUCUCGUGAAGCCGAAUUGCUUCUUGCCCAAAAGGCACAUAGCAAGAAUAUAUCAAUCUUGAUUAAUGCAGAGAAAAAAAGGGAAGGGCUUAACGAGCUCCUUGACUUAGCUGAUUAUGCCAUUUGCUCUACUAACUUCCCUCAGGAAUGGACAGAGUCACCAUCAUCCCCUAGUGCACUUCUCUCUAUGCUCAUUAGAUUACCAAAGCUAAUAUUUGUAAUCAUGACUUUGGGAGAACACGGUUGUAUGAUGCUCGAGAGAUGUCCCAAUGAGGUUUCAGAAUCAGAAGAAGAGACGGAUAUAGAUGAAUUAUACGAGUCUCUCAAACAAAGCACAGACUUUACUAGUGACUUACCGGUCUGCAAUUCAUCGCUGGUGACUAGACUGGCAGGGGAUGUUACAGGGAGAUUGGUUAUAGUAACAGCUGAGAAAAUACCUUCAUCUGAGCUUUUGGAUACAACCGGUGCCGGAGAUGCGUUUACCGGAGCUGUACUCUAUGGUUUGUGCACGGAAAUGGCUUCGGAUGAAAUGUUGAUAUUUGCAUCUAGAGUCGCGGCUUGCUGCUGCAGAGGUUUAGGUGCUCGAACCACUCUUCCGUUCCGUAAUGAUCCAAACCUUGCAGCUUUCUUUGGGGCAUAG